AUGGGAAGAAUAACAAUGUUCGCGAUGAGAUUCUUUGCAUUGUCUUGCCUUGUGGGAUCACUCGUUAUCCUUCUUACUAGCUCUCAUUUCACAUCUUGUGAGCGUUUUCUCUAUUCAGACUAUCAGGUUAAUGAUAUUAAGUUUACCCAAUUAUCACUCUAUACUUAUAUGCUGGUUAGUAUUGGCGUGGGAAUUGCAUAUAAUCUCUUCCAAACUGCACUAUCUCUAAGCAUUGGAGUCAGUUUGCUGGAUUUAUUUGGUGACAUGGUAAUAUCAAAUAUAUUAGUCUCAGGUGCAGCAGCAAGCUAUGGUUUUACAUUGGAGUUGGGUCGAACUAAUGACCUACAACCUUCUAGUUUCUUCAACAAGAUUUAUAUUUCUGCUGGUCUGUCUUUGGUGGCUACUCCCUUUACAUUAAUUUCUCUCAUUUCUGCACAUGCUGCACUUAGGUUUCCUGCUCAACCAAGGGAGUAA